AUGAGUUCUUCUACUGGAGACAUUACAACCAUAAAAGGAAAAAGUUUUCUUUCUGCUAGUGGCUCAACAGAGUUAGGCAACAUUCAAAUCAAAUAUGUUGGUGUUAUGACUGCAUGUACCUACGUGUUAGUUUGUUUUUUUCGUUUAGUGACAGGAAUCUUACAGUCUCUAGUCGAUAAUAGCAGCAGCAGUACAGAUGAUUCCAUAAUUAGUGAUCGGUUUAUACCAGAUACUUUGUUUGCUUUCAUUUAUGCAUUUAUUGGAAUAGUUCCGAUAAUGACUAUUCGAAAAUUAUAUAUACAAAAUUCAGAUAAAUUUUUAUGGAGUAAUUUUUUUGGUUAUUUGCUUUCUAUGUGGAGCAUAGAACAUGGUUUUUAUACUUACAUUAUGAAAGAUUAUGAAAAAAUAAACUCAUUAUACUUAAUUCCUGGUACUGAACAAUUUAUUUGUCCAAGUCAUCGUAAAGAUAGUUGUGAUAAUCUUAGACCUACAAUUAAUGAGUAUAAAGCAAUAUCAAUUACUUUUAAUUUAGCAUUAAGUGUAUGGUAUGUAAUUGAUCAUAUAUUUAAUAAGAAAUACAUGUUAUCAUUUCAUAUUGGUGAGCCAAGAUAUUUAUUAGAUUUACAUAAUGAAAUUUGGAAAUUAUUUUCUCGCAAGUAUGAUGAAUUAUUUUGCAAGAUUAUUUAUACUAGCAUACAGUUUAGUGUGAUAUUCUGGAUAUUGAAAUUAUUAUUUUGGGAAUCAUUUUUCAGUUAUGUUGUACUUUAUCCUUGGUUAAGAGCCCCAUGGUUUGACAUUAUACUCUUUAAUCGAACAGUCUAUUGUUCAAUUUUCAUCAUGUCUUUUUGGUCGUUAACUCAUUUUUUAUUUGAUCAUUUCUUUACAAGGAUAAUCCUUGUAACUGGAAAAUUUGUAGAUCCCAAUGCAAUGCUUGUUGAUGGAUUACAUGCUUUUAUGGAAUUAUGGCAUAUUUCAAAAUAUGAUCAUGAAAGACGUAAUUUAAUAUAUUCAGACUUUAAUCGCAAACAACCAUAUGAAUGCCCAUUACACAAUAAUCCAAUUUCUACUUGGACAGAAAUUUCAUAUUCUUGCAUGGAUUUAAUAAUGAAAUUGACAAAUGAUGCAGAGAAAGAGCUAGAGGUUGUUCAUGGAAAUCUGGAAGUUAAUCCAACGCUUGAUACGUUAAAGAAAGAUCCAAUAUAUACAGAAUUGUAUUAUUUGGAAAGAUAUCACUUGAUUUUUGGUGAUAAACAUAAAAUUAUCAGAAAAUUAUAUGCUUUAUUCAUUGUUCCAAUUUUCAAGGAAUCGAUUGAAUAUAGAACAGCUAUUGUUUGUAAAGAUUUUUAUACCGUUAUCUUUGCGAUACAAUCGCUUACAACAUUAACCACCAAAUCAAUAAAAGAAGAUAAAUACGGGGUUGUCCAGAACCAUAUUUCACCAAUAUUUGAAUCGUUGUUGUUAUGUUUGAUAUUACUUGAAAAUUAUGUUAAGGAACCACCACUUAAUUAUUGGGAUAUUGGAGAUCCUUAUUCAACCACAUCAUCUAAAGUCUUGGCUGAACCCGAUUCGUUGAUCAGCUUAUAUAUGACGUUUAGAGAAUCUAUGGAUUAUGUAAAAUUGACAGACAUAACUAACGGUAGAUUAAAUAAAUUGUAUAGCAGUAAAUGA